GGCUGGCUGCAGCUGUUACGCGUACAGUGUGGUCGUGCGACGCUACCAGGUAGCAUGGCAUGAUGAUGAUGAGGCUGAGCUGGGGAGGAGGAGGACACAACGAAAUCCCAUAGCAUCAGGCACAGAUCACAGUGGGUAAUCCAAGGUACGCAAGGUACGCGGGAUCAGCGCAGGCGACCUGUGCUUCAUAGGCUAGCUGGUCUCCCCGUUGAGACAGCUCGGCACAUGGUUCCAGCGUGGAGUAUUGUUUACGGUGCUUCGUCCCCUCUAACACAUCCACCACAGCAUGCACGCACGCCACUAUCAGUCCAGGCCAAGCCGCCGACUGGAAAUUGCAUAUUUAGUCGGAUGGUUACCGGAGGUUGAACUUCAGUCUCUUCUGACGCGCUCCAGCUCGCCGUAGGCAAGAGUCAGCUUGCGAACUGCAUGCCGUCGUUUCCAUUGUUGAACUACUGUAUGUGCGAGAUAGGAAACAUUCUGCUGAUAGAAAUACUGUCACCACUUUCAGGUUGUAAGUUGAUGUAACGCACUUCCCCUGCUGAGGCUAGUAGUAGUACCUCCUCAGUGUGAAGGCGUCGAACACGUCACGCGGGUCGUCAGCACAUCUUCCGUGACAGCAUAGAGACAAAAGGCACUCGGUCCUCGCUACUGUACUCCGCCAGGCAACGAAAGUGAGAAAUUGUCACACUCUCCCUCGUGGCCCGUGGGAGAUGCAGAGAAUGAGCAGGCGAGCCCGGAGCAGAACAAUGGCAUUACAGCUGGCACUAACAUCAUUACUUUCAGUGGUGGCAAUGCUGGCACCCUGUACUGUAGCUGCGGAAUCGAUACGACUGGUGGAGGACCACGCGCGCUCAUUUUUCAAGCUUCAGUCUCACCAGGCCGUUCCAAAGCAUGAAGUGGUGUUCCCAGUGCGACGGCAUCACAAGACCCGGGAGUUCAUAAGCCAUGACACCAAGCUGGAACCACACCGGCAGCGGCGCUCGACAACACCCAGCGAGCAUGCUGCUGUCCAGGAGCCAAUCCACUAUUCAUUCAAUGCGUUUGGCGACGAGUUCCACCUCCACCUGCGCAACAACUACCAACUGGUUUCGGAUGAUUUCUCGGCAACCAUACUCAACGACGACGGACACAAUGAGACUCUGUUCGAAUUCCCGCUAUGCUACUAUCAUGGUCAGGUCGUAUCCCAUGGUGACUCACCUGUUGCUGUCAGCAACUGCCAUGGAUUGAAUGGGGCAAUGUACGUGGAAGACGAGCGCUUCACGAUCGAGCCUCUGCCGGCGUCCAUGCUGAUGGCCGAGUACAAUGGGACGGGCGAGCCGCACGUAAUCUCCCACUCCGACCAGGACGGAAACGGACAGCAGCAGCAACAUGGCAACGCCAGCGCCAACAAUGCCAGCAGCAAUGACACAGAACGCUGCUACUCGCAACCUGAAGAAAGCCCCGUGGAGGUUGCCCCGGAGUAUGUCACUCUGUCUUCCGGCGUUGAAUCCACACAUCCGGCAGUUCCGGGACUAGGAGAGAACGGAGCGCCGCUGAACCGGAGUCGCCGCAGUGCAGGCGAGGACGGCACAGCCGGCGCACGAGGUGCCAAAUACUCGCUGGAGGUCAUGCUGGUCCUCGACCAGGCCAUGAUGCGCAAGCGCAAGUUCCGAACGGCAUCGGAAGCCAACACGUACGCCCUGUCACUGGCAAACCUGGCAUCUCUACAUUUCAAUAGAGGCAUGCUGGGAAUCAAUCUAAACUUUGUGGUCGUCCGCGUCCUUAUUGCCAAUCGAUCUGAGGAUGGUCUGCGGAUUGGUCACCAUUCGGUGAAGGCACUGCGCAGCUUUUGUCAGUGGCAGGAGAGUCGGCAUUACACGCCCUGGGACAACCAUCCCAGCCACUACGACCUCGCCAUCCUUAUCACAGGGAAAGAGCUAUGCCCACAUCAGGACCAUGCUGGUUGUGCUGAGCUCGGACGUGCGUACGUCGGCGGCGCAUGCUACCGCUACAGGAUGUGCUCCAUCACCUACGACUACGGUAUCGGCACUGGCUUUGUCAUGGCACAUGAGACGGGCCAUAGUCUUAACCUUACCCAUGAUGGCCAUCGCUACAACGAGAACGGUUGCCCGAGCGACAAGGGCACGAUGAUGACGGCAGUGGUGGCUGGCGGCAAGAACGUGUACACCUGGUCGCAGUGUAGCAAGAGAGAAGUGCAGAAGUUUGUCAGGUCCGGGCAAGCGUACUGCCUUCACGACGCACCCAUGCGCAACCUGUCGCGGCCGUGGGAGAUGACCGGCCGCCGCUACAGCGCCGACGAUCAGUGCAAGCUGUGGCUGGGUCCAACGUCGGCCGUGUGUCCUUUUAGCUAUGUCAGAGAUAAACGCUGCUCGGAGCUGUGGUGUCGCAGUUCAAACAACUACUGCCGUACGACACACGUACCGGCGGCUAUGGGCACUCCGUGCGGAACGGGAAAGGUUUGUUACUUUGGGAACUGUGUUGCUGACACGUUUCGCCGGCAAGCACAACCAACAACACGAGCGCCAAGACCUGUGGUCAUCCCUGCGGUGGAGAGGACCGAGCCACCACCACGCGUGGAGCAACCCAAUCGGCCAAACUUCAGCAUCCGCACCAAGGAAACGCCGGCGCGCCGUACGCGGCCGCCUCCUGUGCAGGUGCGAGUGACGACCAAGGUGGUGGUGGCCACGACGCAGGCCCCGCCGCCGGUGAUUCAGCCACAACGAACAGUGUGGGGAGAUUGGAUGAGUCACGGCAAGUGCUCCAGAACCUGCGGCGGUGGAAUCCAGUUCUUCAUUCGGAGAUGCUUGCAGGGCAGGCGUUUCGUAGCCACGCAGAACUGCGAUGGCGAGUGGUACCGCGUGGGCCUGUGCAAGACCAAGGAGUGCCCGGUGGAGUCGCGCGGCAUGUACCUGAAGGAGCAGUGCAUCCGGGCCGGCCGGCGCCUCUCCAACGACCCCAGCGAGGAGUGGUUCCCCGGUUACAUGGCGGCACAGCGCUGCCAGCUGCAGUGCGUCUCCUCCAUGAACCGCACGUACAACAGCUACGUGGAAAACGGCACGCCGUGCAGCUAUCGCUUCAACAACCGAUGUGUCUCCGGCAAGUGCAAGGCAUUUGGCUGUGAUAACAAGUACGAAUCGUCGGCAUUCUGGGACAAGUGCGGAGUGUGCAAGGGUGAUGGAUCGACGUGUCGCCAGUACUUUGGCCUGCAUCGGCCAACGACGCCGGGUUCCAACUCCACAGUCCUGCGUCUGCCCAAGGGUGCACGGUCCAUCUACAUCAAGGAGGGAGCUGCGGUCGAUUCUGCGUUCUUGUACGUUCGUCAUCUCGGUGGCAAAGUGGCUAUCGACGGUGCGUGGAUGCGGGGACGGAAGCAAGACGUGCUCAAGGUAUAUCUAGCCGGUACCGAGUUCACCUAUAAGCAAGCGCCUCGUCGUCCAGAAGUUCUGACGAGCUCCAUAGCUCCUCUCAAUGAAGACCUGGUCGUGGAGGUGGUGCGCCUGCGCCAGACAUCCCUGUCAGUGCAGUGGCGCUUCCUGAUAAACCCAGACGACAAGGACGAGGACUAUGUCUGGUCGCAGAUACCGGAGAGGUGCUCGGUGACGUGCGGCAAAGGAACAAGGAGGACGAAAACAUUCUGCAUACGUCGCAGCACGCAGGAGCAAGAAGAGGAUCAGUUCUGCUCCACGGCCGGACGAAAGCCGACGGACAAGACAACAGACUGCACUCUCGACAGCUGCCCGUCAGGAGCUGACUGGGUGACAAGGGCGUGGACGGAGUGCUCCAAGAGCUGUGAUGGUGGUAGCCAGUGGCGACGGGUGCCGUGCCACGCUAGCGGAAAGGGUGUCUCUAAGUCGCUGUGCCGUAAGCCAAGGCCGCGCACUUCACGCAAAUGCAACCUGGAUCCGUGUCCACAAAUUGUAAAGGUGCAUGGGAAAUGGUCCAAGUUUUCACAGUACUCAAUGUGCACGCGUACAUGUGGCGGUGGUGUGCAGUACAGGAGAAGAACGUGUACUAACCCAGAGCCCCGAAAUGGCGGUGACUACUGUGAAGGACCGUCGCUGACAGCACGCGUUUGUAACUCACAGGAGUGUGACAGCAUCGUGGACUUCCGAACGGAGCAGUGUGCCGCGUACGGCCGUCGGGGCAGAACUGCGGACGGCACCAAGUGGAUCCCACAUCCUGAAUACCUCAACCAAUGCAAGCUGGUCUGCACGCCGAAGGGAGGAAAUCAGCCCGUGGUCAAGAAGUCGCGCGCUGCCGACGGAACUCGCUGCCAUCCGUUCCUCAACGACAGGUGCACGUUUGGCUUCUGCAGAACUGUGGGAUGCGACAAUGAAAUCAACUCGGAUGCGGUGGAAGAUCGAUGCGGCGUGUGCAAUGGCACCGGGAGCACGUGCCAGGACUUUGCCAGUCGCUACAACGUCAAGCAUUUCGUCAAAGGUGUAUACAGAGUGUUCAGGAUUCCCAAGGGUGCACGGUUCCUGAACAUCAGCAAAUCAGCACGAUCAGUCAACACUUCACUUGUGCUAGCCGACAUAGCCGGCAACAUCCUGCUGUCUAGCGAGAUUCUACCAAGCAGCGCGGGAGCACGGCGCAGCUACGGACCAGUGCUGACCGCGUACGCAAACUACAGCCGGGUCGCCGGCCAGCGAGAGUACAUACAGAUCAUGCGGCCAACCACUUCUGAUCUUGUCAUUAUGUUGAAUGUAAGUGAUCAGAACCGAGUGAAUCCUCACCUGAGAUUUGAGUACACUAUUGUACAGUCACUACACCGGGAGCCACCGACGUCGGAAUUCUACACCUGGUCAAGGAUAACAUCGACAUGCUCAGUCACUUGCGGCAGAGGAGUAGCUACCACCGUGUCGAGGUGCUAUCGUAAGCGCGACGGUGCGCUGGUCGACAGCCAGUACUGCCGCACGCUCAACAGGCUGCCGACAGUGCGCACGUCACGUGCCUGCGAAACUGGAAUUACAUGCCCACGACGCUACACGUACGAAUGGAGCACCGGAGCGUGGAACGCUUGCUCGUCCAAGUGCGGCAAGGGCAUACAGAACCGCACGGUGCAGUGCAGGCGAGCGCAGGACCGCAUCGCCGUGCCGAACCGCUACUGCCGGCGCCAGGGACUCAAGACGCCCAACCGGCGGCAGUCGUGCAUUGGCCGGCGCUGCGCCAUGCCGGCGCCGGCCUGGAUAGUUGGCUCCUGGGCAUCGUGUUCAGUAACGUGUGGCACUGGUAGACAGACACGGCAGGUGACGUGCCAACGCUAUAUGCCCAACGAGCAGUGCGACGGCAGUCCACCGACCAGUGUGCGCACCUGCCAGCGCGGCACAUGCCGUCCACCGCCGCAAGCUGCUAACCAUGACACACCGCACUGCCGGGACCAGCGGCCCGACGACUUCUGCAGCCUGGUUCUCAAGUAUCGCCUGUGCAAGGAGGGCACGGAGUACUUCCGUCUCUGCUGCCGGACCUGCACCGAAGCCAGGCGACGCGGAUAGGCACAAUCAGCUCCAACGCACAGUCAGCCACGCGCAGCUCCUGCCUCACCAUGCCAGCAAGCUACUUAUAUGAGAGAGAAUCUUGAGGCGAACAAAAAGAACUCUUCCAUUUUCAAUUUCUGUUUCUAUAAUCAGCGACAACAUGACCAAAGAAUUAUAUGUGAAAAGUAAUUUGCUGAGAACUGAAUGUUUUUAUCUAUCGGCUAUCCCCAUUGCACAGUCAGAAUCAACCAUCCAGAUACAUUCCACGUCCGAACUAGGAGCUCUCACUUCCUCACCAGAUAUUGCGUUAUACACAUCAUCGAAUCUUACCAGUUGAUACAACAUGCAGCUUACUUGAAGUAUUCUCUCCUGAUACAGCCCCCAGCACCCUCCUGUACACAGCUCCCAACAAUGAAGUGCAACUCUUCCUUGAAAAGCGUAGUUAAGAAAAGGUUGAUUUUGGCGUGUCAAAUCCAAUUAAAUAUGAAACUGUUCUCUGUAGCAUGGUAUGGAUGGUCCUAUGGCUUUUCGUUUCCAUAUUAAUUUGAUGAUGGCAAUGAUCAUGAUAAUAAUAAUAUGAUGCUGCCAUGAUAUUUAAAUCUGAUCAGCGAA